CAGCAGAGGGCGCUGUUUCGCCGUGUUCAGACCGUCUCCCUGUAAACAAGCUGGCAGCAGGUGGACAGCUGACAGCACCGGGUUCCUAUCAAACAAAACACCACCGGAUCGGACCCGAACCAUGGAUCCUCAUCAGAACCGGAGGGGAUCAGGGAGGCAGCAGAACUCCAGAGGAAGAAUAAACCCAUCAGGAGCUCCUGGACCGGACCAGGCAGCUCCGAACCUGGCCGAACCGGCAGCCGAGAGUCAGAACCAGGCAGCAGCGGACAGCAGACAGCCGCAGUAUUUAGGCGCGUUCACCGUAAUCCCACCCAACCAAUCUCGCCGGAACGAGAUUAAAGCAAUGGCUCAGAAAGAAGAGGAAGAACUUCAGAGGUACAAGGAGGCAAACCGGCCUUCUCCUCUGCAACUUAAUCCAGAGAGACUAGGUGGUGGAGAUGUAAGCUUAGAUGAAGCCAGGCAGAGACAGUUAACACAACUGAGGAGCUCCAAGCUGCAGAAGAAGCUUAAAGAGGAGGAGGCGAAGAGGAAGAAAAAACAGGAGGAGGAGGAAGAGCUGCAGAGGAUGAAGGACAUUCAGAGGGAGAAGUCUGAACGUCUGGAAGAGAAGAGGAAGCAGGAGGACGAGGAGAGGAGGAGGCUGCACCAGCAGGAUCGUAUCAGGUCACUCUUUGAUACUGAGCUUUUUUUAAGUUCCGCUUGUUUGUUGCUUUGUUCUGGAUAUGAGUCAUAA